UAAAUUGCGUCCUCCCCUCGCGAGCUCCGUGUGAUUCAGUCAGUGGCGUAGCGGCGCGAGGGGACCCAGUCGCGUGAAUCAGUCCGUUCAGUAGAUCACCUGUUGUCGUGCUUGCGUCCGUGGAGAUCCACGCACAUAUAUGGAAGAGACUGGGCGCCGUUUUGUUCAUCUAAGCCCUUCGCGUGGAACAAGAAGACGCGUUUCUCUCGGUUGCCAGCUGAUGUUUGCUGGUUCUCAACAUCACAGGACGCGACGGACGUAGUUUGCGUGAAACUCUGCCCAGAUAAAGACGCCGGAUCGGACGCUUUUGGCUGUUGAAGACAAGUAGAUGAUUGGAAAACGCCCCGUGGAGGACCAGCUCGACUCGAGCAGCUGCACCCCACCUAAAGCCUCCUCCAAGCCCAACCUGAAGGGCGCCAUGGCCCUCGGCAGCUUGAGCCUCAUGCAGACCCUCAGGAACUCCCCCGCCGCCUUCCGCCGCCGCUUCCGCCGGGACCGCACCGAGUCGCUGUCCCACGGCGACCCUCUGUUCAAAGUCCACUACCUCGGCACGGUGAAGAUCUUCUCUCUCGACCGCGAGCAGGCCCAGGAGGCCAUCUCCCACCUGACGGAGGGGAUCGCCGGCGGCAAGAAGCUGGGCAAGGACCACGCCCUGGUGGUGCGGCCGCGCUACGUGGAGGUCAAGGAGCUGAGCACGGGGCGGCAGCUGACCAAGACGUACCUGCAGGACAUCGCGUACUGCGCGGCCGACGUCGGCCGGCCCAACGUCUUCCUGUACAUCUGCAAGCACCAGGGCCAGCAGCUGCAGUGCCGGGUGUUCUGGUGCAGCCGGGCGGAGCGGGCGCGGGACAUGACCGCCUGCCUGGCGCGCUCCUUCCAGAGGGCGCUGAACGACUGGCAGGACGGCUCGGCCUCGCUGCCGCCAGGAGAGGGCGCCGGCGGGCGUCUGGAGGCGGCUUCAAACGCUCCGCCCAUCGCCAAGAGCUGCACGCUGCCAGCUGGUCUGGGAAAAGUUCGCUGGAAGAGAAGGGGUUCUGCGUCCCGGAGCCCCCUCAGAGGCAUCACCAGAAGAGGCUCGGCCUCCGACAGCUGGAGCUGAACUCCUGAGGACGGAAGGUUCUCCGUUAACCCGACGACUUCAAGGCUGGAAACCCUACGAAGGAGGACGGACUGACUGACGGACUUACGAGGCUCUAGGAAAGCCGUUUGGUCACAUUAAUGACUGCUUGUAAGGAUGUUAUCAUAACUGCCGAGUGUUUGGAGCUGAAUGAGACGAGUAAGGGGUUGCAACAAGCCGCCUGAGGACCACAAUGGGUCCGACUCGUGAGCAGCCAGAAUGUGUGAUGUUGAAAGGCGAGGUAGCUGCCGGCUGAAUGAUCCACCAGCAAACCUGGGUUUAAAGGGUUAUUUAACAGGCGAUUGUGACAGGUCAUGAUUUUAUUUAUUUAUUUUUUUUCCUUUUUAUAUCCAUGGUGGUAUUUCUAAGUUUGCUUCUCUAUCAGAGAGAUAUCCAGGACGCAGAGGGGUGGAUGCUGGCGCGUCGGCAGCGAAGCAAAGUUGUCUUUUGUGUUCAUAAAGGUCGUUCCAGUUACUUUCUGAGCACUUUCUGUCCUCGUGUCAAAUGAAUGUGCCGACGAGAUUUUCCAAGUGUUGUCUUAUUCUGAGGACUUUAGUUUCCGUGAACUGCGAGGCAGGUCUGGUAGCUGGGCCAUCACCAGGUCGUCGUAAAUCACGUGCUCCGUCGGCUACGAGCUGCACACAAAAACUACCGGCCUGUAAACGGUCCAGUUACGAAUGCUUAGCAUGUACGUGGUAGAGUUCCCAAGCAGGGAGGGGGGGGGGGGGGGCAGUGUGUUCCUGUUUGGAGGCUCGGUGAGGAAUGUGCCGCCAUGCACCUGCAUUCCACGCUGAGGGCGAAUCUGAGAUCAGGAAUCCUUUUUUCUUUUUUUUCUUUUUUUAAAGCCUCAAGUUGAUCCUCGCCUCCAGCAGCUGCACGCCUUUAAUCGGUCUUCUGCUUUGCGCUGCGUUGGAUGAGGAUCCUCCUCCUGAGGAUUUGCGCGUUAGGGUUUACAAACGAGACCUGAGGAUAACUGGUACGUCUUUAGCCUACCAUUAUCUUCCAAGUUUUUAUUAUUUCUGAGCUAAGCUAGAAAUGCUGACUUUUUAAUUCUUUUUUUUUUUUUUUUUUUUUACUGACGUGCCACUUUUUAAAGUGAAUUUUAGGAUUUUAUAUCUGGCGAAUCUUACAAAAAGGCACAGCUGAUAUCUGAAAAAUGUAUCUCUGCCUGCUUCAUGAUGUAUUUAAUCAGUGUCCUGUUUUUGUCGCUGUACGUAUUUAUCUAAAUAUGUAUUUUUAUGGAAUAUUAAAACUUUUUAUACUGAC